GGCUGUAGCCAGGCCCUUGUUGGGGACCUGAGGGGAGGCAGCUAGGAUACCAGAUGCCUGGUAGUGGGGUGCAGCCACUCGGUUUUUUCCCCAGGCCCCGCCUGACCUCUGACCUCAAAGGGCAGCUCCUUGCCCUUUCUCCUUGAUGACCUCUCCCGAUCUCCCCUCCCCCCUUUCUGAACUGGGAGGAUUAUUUUUACUUUUAACAUUUGUUUACGCUCUGUUCUGUAUGUUUGCUGAAGGCAGGAUCCAGCCAGUUUAUAGCCAAAGGCUGCCAAGGGGAGACUCAGUUGCCUAUCCCUGCCCAUGAGACCUGGGGAGACAGACUGCACAGCUGGGCCUCAGAUCCUUACAGUCAAGUGCAACCUGGAGGCAGCCACUCAGAGCCCUAUGGAUCGGGUGCCUGGGCUGCUCCAGAAGGGGGGGCUGCUUGAGUGCCCCAGUCCAGCCUGGGGUGUGGGUCAGCCUGGGGUAUGGGCCAGCCUGGGAGGUACAUCAUGUAACAGGCUUCUGAGAACCUGACAGUCAGGCAUAGUGGUGCAUGCAGGCUUGUCAUCCCAGCAUCUAUGAGGCUGAGGCAGGAGGGUUUCCAGUUUGAAGUCAGCUUGGGUUACAUAGCAAAACCUGGUUAGAGAAAAACCACAUGCACGUAGGCACAUACAAAAAACCAAACAAGCACCAGCCUUAUUUGAUGACUCUUUGGUCCCUUUAAGUUUGAAGGUGACUCCUGCUCUGUCCUUGCCCAGACUGAAUUUUUGUCUAAACUUGUCUGUCUGAUGGAAAGUCCUGAUAGGUCUCUAGGCAGAGCCUGUGAUCGCUGGGACUCUUGCUUCUAGUGCCGUCCUGCCUCAGGGCCUUUGCAUAGCCGUUCCUUCUUCCAGAUGUAGCCUGGUACUUCCCUCACCUCCUUGAUUGUUAGUUCCUCAGGGUGCCCUGCUUAUUGAGUGUGCAGUCCAUGCUGCUCUGAAACUGACACCAUUCAUGUGCCCAUCUCCUGAGCCUGCUGCAAGGUCUGAUACUCAGCAGGAUUCAACAAAUGGUUCUUGUCUGGAAUUACCAUCCACCCAGCCCUUCACACCUGACAGGCAUAUUGAAAGCAAAGUCACUUAGAUCCUCAAGUAGCUUCGUGGUCAUCUGCCUUUGACACAGGAAGAACCAGGCAGAGAGCACAGGGUGAGGAGUGUGCCGACCUGUGAAUUCCAGCAGUCUAGACUGGGUGGAAGAAGAGAGGAGAGAGGGAAGGAGCAGGAUUUGGAGGUGUGGAACAUUCUGGGCACAGGCCCUGCAGUAGGACCAGGGCUGGAUGAGGGAGCAAUAGUGAGGGUUCCCAUCCUGUCAGCAAAGGGAGGGUCUUGGGCCAUUUGAAGCCCAGUCUGGCUCCAGCUGACAGGCGGUUCCCAGGUUCUCUAUGUUUGGCCUGGGUGCCUCAGUGCGGUGUCCCUGCAUCCCUGGCUCUCGCUCUUCCUGGGCUGACCUGGAGUUCACCCACCAGUGAGACAGGUGUCAGCUCAUUAAAGCAUGCUCAUUAGACGCCUCCUGGCUCCCUGCCCAGGCUGCCUUCCCCAUGCUAAAAUGCCCUGGGGAGCCAGCCUGUGUUCUUGGUGCCUCAGUUUACUUUCACUCUGUUCCUGACUGAGGACUCAGAUAAGCAUUGGAUUUUUUUUCCAGUUAUUUUUUGAAACAGUUGUAGCCCAUUCUGGCCUCAAACUUAGUUUGUGCUGAGGUUGGCCUUGAGCUUCUGACCUUCUUGCCUCCAUGCUCCAGAGCUGGAAUGGCAGCCGUGCAGCGAGGCCGCAUCCCGCAUGCGCUCCCCGGUCCAGCGGCCUGCAGUCCCCCGGGCGCGACGGGCGUCGAACCUUUCACGGGGCCGCCAGUGUCCGAGCUGAUUGCGCAGCUGCUGCGUGCUGAGCCCUACCCCGCGGCCGGACGCUUUGGUGGCGGCGGCGCUGUACUGGGCAUCGACAACGUGUGCGAGUUGGCGGCACGCCUGCUGUUCAGCACGGUCGAGUGGGCCCGCCACGCGCCCUUCUUCCCCGAGCUGCCGGCCGCCGACCAGGUGGCGCUGCUGCGGCUCAGCUGGAGUGAGCUCUUCGUGCUGAACGCGGCGCAGGCGGCGCUGCCGCUGCAUACGGCACCGCUGCUGGCCGCCGCGGGGUUGCAUGCCGCGCCCAUGGCAGCCGAGCGGGCCGUGGCCUUCAUGGACCAGGUGCGUGCCUUCCAGGAGCAGGUGGACAAGCUGGGCCGCCUGCAGGUGGAUGCUGCGGAGUACGGCUGCCUCAAGGCCAUCGCGCUCUUCACGCCUGAUGCCUGUGGCCUUUCUGACCCAGCCCAUGUGGAGAGCCUGCAGGAGAAGGCACAGGUGGCCCUCACCGAGUAUGUGCGUGCCCAGUACCCAUCGCAGCCCCAGCGCUUUGGGCGUCUGCUGCUGCGGCUGCCAGCCCUGCGUGCUGUGCCCGCAUCCCUCAUCUCCCAGCUCUUCUUCAUGCGCCUGGUGGGCAAGACACCCAUCGAGACCCUCAUCCGGGACAUGCUUCUGUCAGGGAGCACCUUUAACUGGCCCUAUGGCUCGGGCUAGUGAUAGUCACCUUCCAGGACAUACAUGGAAACUGGGGCCUUGUGGGGACCCUGGGGAUCAGGGCCCCAGCUUCUCUUUUGAGACUGAUUUCUUUUUUUAAAGACUGUGAAAUGUUUGUUUUGUUUUAUUUUUUAAAUAAUCAUGAAACCAAAAAGAUUUGGAUCUCCCAGGCCUUGUCCUGGCAGACCUUCAACAGUCUGGAGCCAGCAUGCUGAUGCCUCUGGUGUCAUGGGUAUCUGGAAAGGCCACUGCAGCUAGGCAGGAGUACUAUGGGCCAGGAGGAUCCCCUGGAUACAUGGUCCACGGAGGGCACCAUGGGAUGAUGAAAACCUGGCCAAUAAUAAAGGUAUUCCCUUACUUGGUCA